UGAACAUGUUCUCGACGCUCGAGCUGCAUCAGGCCCAUGCAGCUCGUCGACAAUCACACAUUUCUCCAGCAGCUGGGCGCCCUCUUCGAAUCGACCAAAGACAAGGGCACGAUAUGGCUCACUCAUAAGCGAUUAACUCAUGAUGGUGAUGAUACUGUAAUGAAAGAAGAAGAUGGGAGCGAUGGGAGUAGAGAAUAUCCCUGUAUUGUGAAGUUCUCCACUAAGAUUUUAUCAACAGACCUCGAUAAGUUCCACUCUGCUUACGGUGCCCUACUCAAAGCAUCCAUGAUCACCCUUCGCAAGCGCGACAAAAAACGUGAAAAGCAACGCGCCGAACAACUCGCCAAAAAAAAGCAGCGCAUGGCAGAUCCGGUGGUUAUCAAUGGACCUAAACGAGGGAACGGUCGACGCAAGAGGCAACGACAAGUCAAGGCAGCCCUUAAGCAUGAGGACAUGAAGGAGCGCGCAGCCAAGAGGGAGGAGGCGCGAACAAAGCAGUGAGGGAUUGAUUGUAAGCGUGACUGUUGGAAAAAGUUUGUUGUACGCUGUAAUUGUCUGCUUACUACGUCGACCAUACCGAUACGAUGUUCAUGCGGAAUUUGCUUGAGAUCUUGAUGAGAUCUGAUAUUUCGCUGACAGUAACGCGGACGGGUGACCUUGCGUGCUUCUGGCUCAUCAUCCAAACACGAAAGGAAGACUCGAAAGCUGAGGGGAAUCUCAUAUCUACGUUUCACAAGUGUGUGGCAAGAGUUGGUCG